UUCCUUUCACUCUCACUCUGACAUUCUGCAGUUCAACAUGUUGCCUGAGCGAUGCUGCGCACGACAGUGGAAGCCAUCCUGCCGGUGUACCGGCCGCGCACCACAGCCCGAGCAUCAGUGCUUCACUUAAAGGACCUGUGUGAAGAGGAGCGCAACCCUCACAAACCCCAGUCACCGCCCGACAGAGAGGAACACAAUACCAGCUCCAUGUGGAGGGAGGCCAUGCGUAAAAGGAGCUACUUGCUGGAGAGGGGCUCCCGGACAGGAGGAGAUGUAACAGGAGGAGGAGGUGCCCGUGGCCGAAGACAGAGGUCCCCAGACUGGCUGUAUGAUUCGUACUAUCGUAUGAGCCAGCAGCAUCCACUUAUUGUUUUUCUGCUCCUCAUUGUGAUGGGUGCCUGCCUGGCUCUGUUGGCUGUCUUCUUCGCCUCUGGGCUGGAUAUCGAGGAUCACGUCGCCUUUGUAAUCACUGUCCCCACUGCACUGGCUAUUUUCCUCACUAUCUUUGUUCUGGUCUGCAUCGAGUCCAUCUUCAAGAAACUGCUCCGUGUUUUCUCCUUGGUGAUCUGGGCCUGCCUGGUUGCCAUGGGUUACCUCUUUAUGUUUUUUGGAGGAAUCAUCUGUCCCUGGGAUCAGGUGUCUUUCUUCUUGUUCAUCAUCUUUGUGGUAUACACCAUGCUUCCCUUCUCAAUGAGAGAUGCCAUCAUAGCCAGCGUGCUCACCGCGUCCUCUCAUACUGUCGUUCUUAGUGUCUGCCUAUCCUCUACAGUCGACCACGUGGAGCCCCUGGUAUGGCAGAUUCUGGCAAAUAUCAUAAUUUUCAUAUGUGGGAACCUGGCAGGAGCAUACCACAAGCACCUGAUGGAACUGGCACUAAAGCAGACAUAUCAAGACACCUGCAACUGUAUAAAAUCACCCAUCAAACUGGAGUUUGAGAAGCGACAACAGGAACGUCUGUUGCUGUCUCUGCUUCCUGCUCACAUUGCCCGAGUGAUGAAAGCUGAAAUCAUACAGAGACUACAGGGGCCGAAGUUUGGUCAGGUGGAAAACACCAACAACUUCCAUAAUUUAUAUGUACAACGCCACACCAACGUCAGUAUUUUGUAUGCUGAUAUUGUUGGAUUUACCCGCUUGGCCAGUGAUUGCUCACCUGGAGAGCUGGUCCAUAUGUUGAAUGAGCUAUUUGGCAAAUUUGAUCAGAUUGCCAAGGAAAAUGAAUGUAUGAGAAUAAAAAUUUUAGGGGACUGUUAUUACUGUGUAUCUGGCCUCCCAGAAUCCUUGCCAAAUCAUGCCAAAAACUGUGUGAAGAUGGGACUUGAUAUGUGUGAAGCUAUUAAGAAAGUGCGAGACGCCACCGGAGUGGACAUUAACAUGCGAGUGGGUGUUCACUCUGGAAAUGUUCUCUGUGGUGUGAUUGGCCUCCAGAAAUGGCAAUAUGAUGUCUGGUCACAUGAUGUGACUUUAGCCAAUCACAUGGAAGCAGGUGGUGUACCUGGACGAGUCCACAUCACCUCAGUGACUCUAGAGCACUUGAAUGGGGCAUAUAAGGUGGAAGAUGGAGAUGGCCAGGAACGUGAUCCUUAUCUAAAAGAGCAUGGAGUUGUAACCUACUUAGUUAUCAACCCAAAGGCAGAAAGAAAAAGUCCUCAGCACCACUACAGACCCAGACAUACCAUGGAUGGGGCUAAAAUGAGAGCUUCAGUGAGGAUGACCAGAUACCUGGAGUCAUGGGGUGCAGCCAAGCCUUUUGCCAACCUUCACCACAGAGACAGCAUGACCAAUGAGAAUGGAAAAAUCAACACUGCUGACGUCCCCAUGGGCCAGUACCACUUUCAGAGGCGUUCAGAGAGAACAAAAUCUCAGAAGAAGCGUUUUGAGGAGGAACUAAAUGAGAGGAUGAUUCGAACUUUUGAUGGCAUCAAUUCUCAAAAACAAUGGCUCAAAUCAGAGGACAUACAGAGAAUAUCUUUGUUUUUCCACAAUAAAACAUUGGAAAAGGAGUAUAGAGCAACGACCCUGCCGGCCUUCAAAUAUUACGUCACCUGUGCCUGCUUGAUAUUCUUCUGCAUUUUCAUUGUGCAGAUCCUGGUUCUGCCAAAAACUGCAAUAUUGGGAAUAUCAUUUGGAAUGUCUUUCCUAAUUCUGUCUGUGAUUCUGCUCAUUUGCUUCAUUGGGCAUUUCUUGCAUUGCGAUAAGACGGCCUCCGCAUCUUGGCUCUGGAUCCUUAGAUCCUCAGGAAUCAUCGCCAACAAGCCCUGGCCACGCAUCACCCUCACCAUGGCAACCACAGCCCUCAUCCUGAUCAUGGCUGUCUUCAAUAUGUUCUUUGUAGAAGAUAACCUAACAUCCACAGAUGCUGUUUAUAAUGCAUCAAAUGAAACACUUCUUCAGCCUGAUGGACAUCCCAUAUCUUAUCUGGACAAGAACACAUUCUACCUUCCUUAUUUUAUCUAUAGUUGCAUUCUGGGCCUGAUUUCCUGCUCUGUGUUUCUGAGGAUCAACUAUGAGCUAAAGAUGCUCAUCAUGCUAACAGCCGUGGUGCUCUACAGCGUCAUCAUACUUCAAACACAUGCACCCCUGCUGGACGAGUACAGUAAAUUCCUCUACAAAACAGAGAUCCUGGAUAGGCCAGGAGUUCUGAAAGACUUGAAAACUAUGGGCUCUGUGUCUCUCUUUAUAUUCUUCGUCACCCUGCUUGUUCUAGCUAGACAGAAUGAAUAUUACUGUAGGUUGGAUUUCCUGUGGAAGAACAAAUUCAAGAAAGAAUGUGAGGAGAUAGAAACCAUGGAGAAUCUUAAUCGUGUUCUGCUGGAAAACGUACUGCCAGCCCAUGUAGCAGAGCACUUUCUGGCCAGAAACUGGAAGAAUGAGGAUCUGUAUCACCAAUCAUAUGACCUGGUGUGUGUGAUGUUUGCUUCUAUCCCGGACUUCAAAGAGUUCUACACAGAAUCAGAUGUAAACAAGGAGGGUCUUGAGUGCCUCAGACUACUCAACGAAAUCAUUGCAGACUUUGAUGAGUUGCUCUCUAAGCCAAAGUUUAGUGGAGUGGAGAAGAUAAAGACCAUUGGAAGCACAUAUAUGGCAGCUACUGGGCUUAAUGCCACACCAGGACCAGAAUAUACGCAGGAGCAUGACAGGCAGUACAUGCACAUUGGCACCAUGGUGGAGUUUGCCUUUGCACUGGUGGGAAAGCUUGAUGUCAUCAAUAAACAUUCCUUCAAUGACUUCAAACUCAGAGUGGGUAUUAAUCAUGGACCUGUGAUAGCUGGGGUGAUUGGAGCUCAGAAGCCCCAGUAUGACAUCUGGGGCAACACAGUGAAUGUAGCAAGCAGAAUGGACAGUACAGGAGUGCUUGGAAAAAUACAGGUUACAGAAGAGACGAGUCGUAUCUUGCAGACAUUAGGCUACAUGUGCUCAUGCAGAGGAAUUAUAAACGUAAAAGGGAAAGGAGAGCUUAAAACAUACUUUGUCCACACUGAGAUGAGCCGGUCUUUAUCCCAGGGGAAUGUAAUGCCAUGAAUCAUAGCAACAAAUGUGCAAUGAACUGCAGACAUCCACAAACGGGAAUAAAAGAGACAUUUGUAAAUAACUGCGCCUAGUCUUUAGAUGCACGAAGUACUGGAUGUAUUGAAAGUGAUACCAUUUCUACUGUAUCUCAUAGGCAGGGUUUGUGCACAGGGUACUACUGUAAGUAUGGUAGCAAUUAUUUUGUAAGAAAAUCAAAUAUAACAAAAAGUGUUUUGAUGUUUUAAUGCCAUUGUUUUUCUUUCUUUUUCUUUUUUUUAAAAAAAAAAACUUCAUUAAACUUUAUAUGUACUUGUCUUUCUGAGGGCAUCUUUAUUUUUGAUAUACUGUAGUUACAGAUUAGAGGAAUAAGCUAGUACUUAAACAUUUCUGUGUUGUGUCACUGGCAUGCUGUGCAUGAUAUGUGUCACAUAUUUACACUAUGGGCAUAUACAGUAAAUGUAGCUUUGGACAGUAGGGACAUAUCCCUAUGAGAGUUGUAAAUGCAAUAUGGUAUUCUAUGUUUGUACAGUAUGUCUGUUUCAUCUACUCAUUCAUGAAAAAAUACCCUUUUUACACAUUUCAUUAACAUAAGGUGUAUUGUGUAAGGGAUUUACAGAAGUCAAUUUAGCUCAAAGGGAAUCAUUUAAGAUUGAACAGAAUCUCAGUUUUACGACGGAUCACUGAAUCGGCCAGCGAUUCACUGAACGAGCCGUACAACCUCAACUCUGCAAUGGAUAUUACUAUCCAAAAUAUAGUGAAAGCACUAUUUAUUAGCACGGUAACAAGGUCGGUAGUUUAAGACAUUAAUUUAUAAGCACACAACACAAGAUACUUCUCUUUUCAAUAUGAAUAGAAAUUUAUUGGAAAAACCUAAGACAUAUAAACUAACCUAACACAUAGAUGCGCAGUCACACAUUCAUACAAGUUGCAGAAAGAGAGAAAAUGAGGAAAGAAAUGAGUUUAGAAGAGUGAAAAUAUGAAAUCCCAAGUUUAUAGCAAUAUAUGCAAUUGCUUAGACCUGAACAACCAUCAGUCAAGAAAGAAAAAGGUUAAAGUAAAAGAAUAAAUGUGACAAUGUCCUUAUGUUUUCGUUUAGAGGAGUGGCUGGCGUGCAAGCUAGGAAGCCUUCAAAGAAUGCAAAAAUGAUGGCAAAAAGCAUGGUGAAGACCAAUAGCUAAAAGCUACAAGCGACAGCUAAAAGCAUGACUAGGAACGAUGGUUAAAACCAAUAGCUAAAAGCAAAAUUUUAUGGUGUCCUGUGGUUUUAAACUCAGCUUUGGACACAUCCCAAAAUGGUGUCUUGACCAAUUAGAUGUUGUCUUAAUUCGGGAUAUUGCUAUGUUUCUCCUCCCAAAACAUAAAUCAGCAUGUUAUCUUAACAGUGACAUGGUCAGAGUUUUCCCACUCUUGCAGAGUAUAAUUUGGCCAUGAUUUCUAUAACAUGAAUACAAUGCAUUUGACAAAGAAUUGAUUGGUAGAAACGUUCAAAGCAUGAAUUUUCAAACUCAUACAUACCAAACAUGAAUAUAAACCCUUAAGCUAUUUAAUAGUUAUUAAAAGGACAUACACAACGAGUGAUUAGAACAUAACAGACAAAUGUGUGGGUAACAUACAUAGUAGGGAGUUAUGCAGUGGUCUGAUGUUCAUUCGUAAGUCCUUUUAAGCAUCAUUUUGGUGCAUAUUUAGGUAAAAGGGACAGUCUCUCUGCCAUUCUGUGAACUAGGGGCAUGUUCUGAGGAACAAAAGAAUUCUGAAGGAAUUUCAGUCUGGUUCUUGUCUUGGGUGGGGGAGCACCACCCAACAAAGUUUCCUCAUGUGAUGGUCCUGAUGUGUAUCUUUGACCAAUGGUCUUGGGUUUCUUGCCCCAAAAUUGACAAUUUCCUUUCUGAGUUGGGAUUAUGAAUAAUUGUGUUCUUUUGUUUUAAUGUUGCAAUUUGUUCAAAGCUGUGAAAGAUUGGUUAGGCUUACUUCAGGCUGGCUGGCGCCAGGGUAUCCUGGACAGAUUUAUGACGUGGUCCUGGGCCUCUUUGUGGAAAUUGGCUCUUUGGUUUCAACUAAAUGUUCUGAUUGAAUCUUCCAUUUGUCUGAUUCGCUCUGAUACCCUACAAUUGUCAAGUUGCGCUGUGCGACCUCCGUGCACACCUCUAUGCAAUGACCUCUUUAAUGUUCAGAAGUUACUAUUUUAAGAAAUGUAAAGCAUUUUGGGUCGUUGAUGUGUCUUGUGUUUUAUGAGAGAUGUGUGUGGAGGGAGGGAAAUGUAUCUCUAAAUGUCUGAAUGUGUUUCAUCUAUUUGCCCACAGUGUUUUGAACUAUACUGUAUAGAUGUGUCUUGUGAUCAGGGCUGUCCCAAGCAUGGUUGCAAUGCAUUCAUUGUCAAACUUCAAAAUUAGAUAUUUUUAAUUUUUAAAAAACGCCAUUAUUUUAUUUGAAAAAGUUAAGAAUUUUAUUUUAUUGACAAAACAUUUUUGUUUGUUGUGUAUAUUUUUAUAUAUCAGAUAAUUUUAAGCUGUCAUAUGGUCAUGUUACAACGUGCCCCUCGCACGUUACAAUAUACCCCACCUACGGGGCAUGUUGUCACAUUUCACGUUCUUUCUUUUGAGGUAAAUAACGAAAAAUGUAUACACUGUAAUUAUGAAACAAAGCAACAUAUUUGUACUAGACAAGUGUAAAAUAAUGUGGAUAAAAAAUUAUACUCUGAGCCCCAUGUGGAUUUACACAAACUGAGAAAUUCAAAAAGUGUUAGGUUGUGCCCCACACUCCCCUAGUAGAUUAUGUACAAGAGGUUUUCAGCAAAGUUGUGAUCAUAUAGAAAAUUUAGAGACCUUAGAAAUUUGUGUUUCAAAUAUGCUACAGUAAACUUUAUAGAGUCAUGGUGGUGGUGUGUCUCUGGUUCUAAAGUGUGAGCAAUUACUUUUUUAACUUUAGAAGUUAAUCACAAGAUUAAUUCAUUUUCCAUCAUAAGUAGGGUCACAAGAAUCUCAGACCAUAAGCAGGAAAACGCCCUGGACAGAUGGCUAGUCCCUUACAGGCAUUGUGGGAGAAACUGGAGAACCUAUAGACAACAAAGAUCAUGCAGUUUCAACACAGAAAGGGCUCAGUCAGGACUCAAUGUUGACAAGAUAAUUCAAAAUCAAAUUGCAAUGAGAAAUGACAAAAUUGAAAAAGAUAAAAUGAGAGAUAUACAAUACCAUUUAUUUCAAGAAAUCAAAUUUGUAAACUGUCUUUACAAAUAUUAAAACCAUCAUACAAAUAAUAAUAAUAAUAAUAAUAAUAAUAAAACCUUACAUUUCUGGAUUCUAUUUUCCUGGGCAUGUACCACCAAGCCAUAGCAAUUUGAACCAAUCAGCUGAGCACCGUGACAUCUCUAAUAAAGUCAUUCCCUGUCUCUGGGGAAUUCAAAUUAAAGCACACUUCACAGAGAAAUUAUUUGCAAGAUGGACAAAAAGGCAUUCUUCAU